AGUGUCGGUUAAUUUUAGCUUUUGUUCUGACUAAUAGUUAUUUUAAAAAUAAAAAACCGCCGUAGCCCUUUUUAGUUGGUUGGUUGGUUGGUCCACCCACCACCAACAAAAAAGUUAAGUGAAACUUGGAGACAGUUAAAUAAGUCGUUGCUAACGCUAGCUAAAGAAACAUAAAAGUCUGCCAGUGCUAGCAUAAAUUGGAGGUGAAAUUUAUUAGGAAUUCCGCCUUUUAAAGUGAAGCAAUGAAGGACACAGUAAAGGCAGUGAACCACCAGCAAGUGCGCCAGCUGCUUCAUAACAAGUUUGUCAUGGUGCUGGGUGACUCCAUUCAGCGGUCUGUGUACAAGGACCUUGUUUUGCUGUUGCAAAAGGAAAAGUACCUCUCUCUAAGACAACUAAGGAGCAAGGGUGAGAUGAGCUUCGAGCUGGACUGCCUGGUGGAAGGCGGCUGUCUGGACACAAUGACCAACGGGACGGAGUACAGAGAGAUCCGGCAGUUUCAGUCCGAUCACCACCUGGUCCGCUUUUACUUUGUGACCCGCGUCUUCUCCCAGUACAUGCAGAGCAUCAUGAAGGACAUCCGUCACGGCUUGAAACCAGACGUGAUCAUCGUCAACUCCUGUGUCUGGGAUAUUUCCAGAUACAACACAGUUUGGACUGAAGACUACAAAAAGAACCUUCACAAGUUCUUUAGUAAUCUGAAGGAAGUCCUGCCUGAGGAAACCUUGAUAAUAUGGAACCUGACCAUGCCCUUAGGAAAGUGCAUCAGAGGAGGCUUUCUGGUGCCUGAGGUUGAGUACAGAGGUCUGCAGCUGCGUUUUGACGUGAUCGAAGCCAACUUCUACAGCGGCACUCUGGCUGAUGCGUAUGACAUGGACGUUUUGGACCUCCACUUCCAGUUCCGGUUCCUGCUGCAGCAUCGCACAAAAGACGGAGUCCACUGGAACGCUGUUGCUCACCGCAGGAUUACGUCCAUUCUCAUGCAGCACAUCGCGCAGGCCUGGGGAGUGACGCUGCACGAGCCACAGAUCCCUGAUGCAGUGGUAGAUUCCACCUUCUUCGGAGAGGAUUUCAGUUCAGAUUCCCUUCCACGCAGCUACUUGAGUUUCACAGAAAACCCAGAGCCACAGCCAGACCGCCAUGAAAACGCAGAAAAUUUCAGACCAGCUGUCCAUUCACAACCAUUUCUGCCACCUUUAGGACGUCACUAUAAACAAAAACCAAUGAAGGGUUUCGACUACAGACCUCUCCACUACUUGGAGCACCAUGACAACUAUCAUCAUCAUCAUCAUCAACAUCCUCCUCCUCAUGAUCAUUUUGUGAUGCGGAACCGUCCCAGCAGACACCACUACGCCCCGUACACUCACCACAGACCAGCCCACCACCCCCAUCAUGGCUUUUACUGAAGAGGAGGCUUCACACAUUUCAGACAUUAAGUUCUCUUCUUAUCCCUGCACACUAGUAGUUAGUUGCUUUGAAAGUUUCUUUAAACACUUUAAUACAAUUUUAAAAGGUGUUUUAAUUUUUUAAGAAGUUUUCAGACACUUUUUUUCUAAUAAUCUUGACUAUUUUUGUCUCCUGUCACAUGAUGCCUUUAAUAAAGACUUCCUGUCAACACAUGAUGUGAUCAGGAAGUGAACAAGGCUCAACAUGUCUGAAAUGUUUACUAACAGCUUGUUGUGUGUUGUACGUUUCCCCCCAUGUUGUGAUUACAAAUAAAGUUUACCCAGAACA